AUGAAGCUCUCCAAAUUGUUUCCCAGCGGUAGGGUUCAACCCCCAAGACCAUCGCCUUCCGAAAUGCCAGAGGAGAAAACACCCAGAGUAUUGGCUGACUUAGAUUACGCCAACCUACGCCCUUCUGAUCUGCCCUAUACUGUACCCUAUUAUGCAGGCGCAACCAUCGAUCUACCAAGAACCUCGCCGUUAUACCGUUCUAAAUCUUUGAAAACUUGUCAUCUGCGAGCUUUUGCCUACGCAUCGGCCUACAUCGCGGGCUUAUUCCAUUAUAAACCGACCCCUAUGAUUCAGAGCAAAAUCAUCUUGAUCAGAGCUCCAUUCCCCAUGGUCAUGAAAUAUGGCACCGAGAUACAACUUUCCGAGGCCUCCACCCUUCAUUUCAUUGCCGAAAAAACAUCCAUUCCAGUGCCCAAGGUUUACUGUGCAUUUGAGCAUAGGGGAAUGCGGUUUAUUCUGAUGGAAUUUGUGAAAGGAAAGCGUCUUUCAGACGUUUGGGGGAAGACAACACUAGCUGGGCGGGAGUUACUUCUAAAACAGAUCGAGGAACAUUUCACACAACUACAAAACAUUCCUCAUCCUCGUCCAGGAGCUAUCUGUUCAGUGGAUAUAGGGCCGCUUUUCGACCGUCGGAUGGAUAAACACGGGCGUGGAUUUGGGCCUUUCGCUAACGAAAAAGACUUCAACAACUUUCUUCGGUGCGGUGUCACUGACACUAGCCAGCUUAUACCCGUUGCCGGACGAUUCGAAAACAACGAGGCGCGUGAAGAGGUCUCAGAGAUGAUUGCUACUCAAGACACAAGGAAUCACAAAAUCCGUUUCACCCAUGGAGAUGCUCAUAGCAGAAACUUCCUUGUCAAAGGACAAAAGUUAGUUGCUUGGAUUGAUUUCGAGAUGGCCGGAUUCUUUCCUGAGCAUUGGGAAUACACAACAGCUAUGACAACAUGCAAAGACACGUUUUAUGAUAACAGCUGGUGGAAACAAGAGCUCAGAAAGAUUUUGAAGGAAUAUCCGAAAGAGCUGCAGGGAGAAAUUAUUCGUCAAUCUCGUCUGGACUGGAAGGUUAGAGAGGUACUUCCGCGCACGGCUUGA